AUUGGGGUGGAUGCAUUUUAAGGGUGAAAUUGAGGACACUUAGAUCUACGCUGUAUAUCUCCAGAAGAUGGCGCCAACACCAGCUGCCACGCAAACUCAAAAGGCGUCAGUGCGCACAGCAACUAAAAGGGGGCGUACCGUUCCAGACGGAACCUGGGCUGGAACGAGUCUUGGCGAAGCCAGGUGUGUUCAAACCUGCAACGGAAUCAGAUGCCUCCGCUACCGUGGGCUGGACUUCCACUGCGCGCACGCACACACAGAGUGGAGCCGCCUGCCUGUCUGUGUCUGAGCGUUAUCGCUCGUUUGCCGUGCUGUGGUCCAAACCCGCCGCGUUGACGUCCUAUUUUUGCCCUUUUUUAAAAAAAUGUAUUAAGUGGAGGAGAGCGACGCCGUGAUUGCUGCACCUCGUCGCGUUUUACGCACAAGGAGCGCUCGCUGGAAUUACCGCGCGGAUGACACUCCGGCACACCUUCCAUGUGUGGGAAUCACUCCUGGAGAUGAAACGAGCUGGAGAAUCACUCGCUCCGGUUUAAUAGGCCGUGUCAUAAAAAAUAAAAAAAAAUCUCGAUUUGUCAGAUCAAGGUAGCCAGGUACAGGCAACAUGUCCAGAACCCUGAAGAAGAAGAAACAUUGGUCCGGUAAGGUGGUGGAGUGCGCGGUGUCGUGGGGCAACCUGGGCGACUUUGGCUCCGUGGUGGAGGUCCUGGGGGGCGCCGAGUUGGGCCAGUUCCCGCACCUGGGUCAGAUGAAGCUGGACGUGCUGGUGUGCCACGUCGGGAAACUGCCCUACUACGGCGACGUGCUGCUGGAGGUGAACGGGACGCCCGUCAGUGGACUUACCAACCGGGACACGCUGGCCGUCAUUCGACACUUUCGGGAGCCGGUUCGCUUGAAGACAGUCAAACCUGGUGAGUCACGUUCAACUUAUCCUUCCAACAAUAUUACACUUAUUUUAAACCCAACAGUCCCAUGUCACUCAAAACAAACAAUAAACCACAGCAAUACAGUGGUGCCUUGACCAAAUCAAAUCAUC